AGUGUCAGUCGCCGCCGCCGUUAAUAUUUGUCGGCGCAGGGCUCUGAAGUAAACAAGCUAACCAUGGAUGAACAAUUACAGCAAAUUUUCAAAAUACGGCCUUUGCAAACAAAUUGCAUUGCCUAUCGCAGUUCAACGGAUGAUUAUCGCAAAAUAAUGAAACAAACUUGUGUAUCAGAAUUAAAGAAUCUGGUCAAUGUGGACAUGAAAAUUGAGCAAGUUCAACUAAAAAUGCCGGACGAGAAUCAGAUGCCCAAAAUAAGCGAGGAAUUAAGAAAAUCGAAAGCAGAUGAAUUAUUGAGAGAAUGUAGUCUGGUUGAAGAAGGUCUAAUGUUGUUAUAAAAAACUUCAUAGUAAUUAUAUGCAUUUUAUUUAUUAAUCGACAUUACUUUAUUAAGAUGUUUAUAUACUAAACAUAAGCAGUCAUAAGAAGGUUUAAAUACCUAGAAAAAACAUGAUAUUGUACAUUAAACUGUCGCAAAUUAGGUAGUUCUCACAAACUUACGGUGAAUAUAGGAAUUAUUGGUUUGUUAACAAAUACUUUGCCUUUAGUUCUUAAAAUAAGUAAAUAACGAAAAUCCAACUGUAAUAAUUAAAUAACAAAAUUACUUACUUUUUUAAGGUAUAUAAAUAGAAUAUUACUUACAUCUUCUAAAACUUCAUUGAUAACUAUGUCGUGUAUGUUACAGGCAGCCACAAAUCUAUUUUUCUGGCCCAUACAUUUUUGUAUUUGCAAGUGUAAACCAAAAUCAUAACAAAAAAUAAAUUUUUCUAGAAAAAUCAUUAAAUUACUAAAAAAUAUUUCUCAACAUAUCAAUAUAUUUACCAUACUCCACCAGACGGCUAAGACGCCAUAACAAUGGUACUAGCCAUAUUAUAAAGAUUGUAUCAAUAUAGGCUAAAUGAUAUGAUUUUAAUACGAAAUUUGCGACAUAUGCUGAGAAUGAUAGAAUGAAAUACAAAAAUUGCUUCUUUAAUGCUGUCCAUUGCA